GGACACACCACCACGACUGAUCUGUUCGGGGUUAACCAACAAACAUACCAAUGACCACUGGGGGUGGCUUACAUUCCCACCUUACCACUUUCGAUGAAAAACCAUCCCACCAGCCCGAUGCUUUCGAGGAAACCAGCUUUCAAAUUGAGACUGGCCUGUUUGGUGCUUUGCAGCUGGCAGGAGUGGAGCAGGUCUUUUUGACCGGUGUGGCAGAGGAUUACUGUGUCAAGUACACUGCUCUGCAGGCCCUGAAGGAAGGCUUCGACGUGUACCUCGUCACGGAUGCCACGAAGCCCGUGAUCGAAGCGCAGGGCCAGGAGGCCCUGGAGGACUUGAAGCAAAAGGGUGCAAAGCUGAUCAAGUCUUGCGAAGUCCUGGGAACGUGCGAAUGCUCGUCGUAGGAAUGACACCUACUCCAGGAGUGCGCAUUUUCAUCAACACUUUCAGAAAGUCAAAAAUUGGAUGUCACCAGAAAUGGAGGUUUCCUAAGUCAUAGGAGC